ACGCACACAAAUAAUAUAUUAAUUAAAAUGGAUUGCCACUAAUUAACGAUAUAAGAUGUUCUGGAACGAAGAAGUUCUGUUAACCUUUUGCGUCGUCCGCAGACGAACAUCAUUGGCCACUUGUCUGCAGAAUUUCCUCUCCUGCCUUACUCGUGGUAGUCCCAACCUUCAACCAGUUGGUCAACAAAUUACUUUUGAAUUUGUAUUUCGUAAUAUUUCAGUGUCUGUUUAGAAAUAGAAAAGGGUUAUUUGAAUUUCUGCUGUUUUGACCUUCGUUGGCUUCUUCGUGUUUUUUAAUUUUCUUAAAACUUUAUCUCCACGCACACAAAGUUACAGAUGCACACACGAAUUAUAUGAAUUUUCGAUGUCAACUAAAAGCGAUUGCAUCCAAUUAACGAUGUAAACUGUGAUGAAAUGAAAUAUUUAAUUAUCAAGGUGAUGAAAUAAAACAAAAAUUGAUGGGUUCGCAGACAUACAUACCAACACUCAUUACAUAUAUCUAGAAAACUAAACUUGAAAUUUCGAAAAAAAAAAAACGUGCUCCAAUAUUUUGUGGUAGCCGAAUGCCCCAUAUCAACUUGUGGUCAGUGAACACCAAUUUUACUAGAAUAUGAGCCACCAACCCUGAACAUUGUUAUAAAUUUUCAAGUAACAUGACAUCCAUUAACCAUAUCCAUAUUUCUUAAUGUACAAACAGAAGACCUUCUGUCUACAACAAAAUGUGUGUCUGUUUGAGAGAACCAGGUCAGCAACAAACAUUCUAACAGUGAGUUGAAAAUUUACAUAUGGUACAUGUGUUCCACACUUGUAAAUAGACGUCUGUGAUAGCUAAGACAAGAAACUGAACCGUAUCGGAUUAACUUACAGAUAUUUCUCAGCUUCCCCAAUGAUUGAUAUGGAGAAUGUUAAUCACUUGGAUACUUCUAAUACAACUAUUUUUAACAAUAUAGAUACAGUUAGAGAGACAGACAGAGAUGAGGAAGAUGUACCUAGUGAAACAUUUAUCAAACAAGAGCCGUUGUACAGAAAUAUUCCUGAACAUAGUUGUGAAAUUUGUAAGGAAACUUUCUCUUCAGAACAAGAAGUUUUAACACACAAAGAAAUGCAUUCUGGAGAAAAACAGUUUCAGUGUGGAAUGUGUGAGAAAUCUUUCAGUCAAAAUUCUCAUCUUGUUAUCCACAUACGUAGUCACACUGGAGAAAAACCGUUUCACUGUGAAAUCUGUGGGAAAUCUUUCACUGAUAAUUCUAAUCUUGUCGUUCACAAACGAAUCCACACUGGGGAAAAACCAUUCCGUUGUGAAAUCUGUGGGAAAUCCUUCAGUAAUAAUUCCCAUCUUGCAGUCCAUGUGCAAAUCCAUACAGGAGAGAAACCAUUUUACUGUGAUAUAUGUGGCAAAUCGUUUAUAACUAACAGCCACUUGAAAAGACAUAAACAGAUACAUGGAGGAGAUAAACUGCAUCAGUGUGAAGUCUGUGGGAAGACAUAUAUUGAUAAUUCACAGUUGAUAAUUCAUAAACGUAGUCACACUGGAGAAAAGCCGUAUCACUGUGAUAUAUGCGAGAAGUCUUUUGGUAAGAAGAGUAAUUUAACAGAGCAUGAACGGAUUCAUACGGGUGAAAACCCAUUUCACUGUGAAAUUUGUGGGAAAUCUUUCACUCAGAAUUCCCAUCUUGUGGUUCACGAACGAAUCCACUCGGGAGAAAAACCUUAUCAGUGUGAAAUCUGUGGGAAGGCUUUUGUGUCUAAAAGUGAUCUAAACAGACAUAGAAAGAGACACACAGGACAAAAGCCAUUCAAAUGUGAAAUAUGUGAUAAGUAUUUUGUGUGUAAUCGUUAUUUAACGAAACACAGAAGAAUUCACACUGGGGAAAAUAUCUUUCAUUGUGAAAUCUGUGAGAAAUCAUUUAUAACUGAGAGUCUUUUAAAAAGACACAAACAAAUUCACUCUGGAGGGAAAUCUGUUAAAGAUGAGACUUGAAAAAUGUUUCUCUGGCUAAUCUAAAUUUAUCGUCCACUAACAUGUAGACAUUGAAGAACAUUUGUUAUGGUUAAAUAAGUUGGAAAUCAUUCUAUUUGAUUUCUCAUCUGUUGUCUUUAAAUCUGCUCUCAUUUAAGAGAGUCAUCAUUAUCAUUUAACAUCCAUUGUCCCUUGUUAGCAUGAGUUGGAUGGUUUGGCCAGAGCUACACCAAGUUCCAGUCUUUCACUAAAAUAUCUGGGAAACCCUUAUUUCUCAAUGAGAAACUUGCAGUUGAUAUAUUAAUAAACGAGGCCAAGAAAGACAGUUCUGCAGUUUCUUGCUGAAAAACCCAUGGAGACGAUCUGUUUAUUGUGAUCAAAUGUUUGUGCUGUACAUUAGCUCACACCUUCCAUCAAAUCCAUGCAUGGGGUGCCACGUCUCAGAUGUUGAAAUUAUCACAGAGCAGCAUAAGAUGAAGUGUUUUGCUCAAGAAAACAAUGUACAGGAGAAACAUAUUGAUUAUGUGUUAACAUUCUCUGUAAUUAAAAAAGAAAACGGCAGACCUUAAUUUAUAAGUAGUAAGAAAAGAAUGUUUUGUUUAGAAAAGGCUAAAAAAAAAAUUUUCAAAAUUUCAAGGGGAAAUAAUUCUUUUAUCCUAUCGUUGAAUUCUUAAAUUCUUUGGCACCUCGUUGGCUCUCACCACACCAACUUCUUUUAAAAGUAGGAUCUAUCUAAUGUUACUACAGAACCGUGACCAGCCUUGGUUGUGUAAUGGCAUGAGACUGGUGGUAAAAAAAAAAUUAAUGUUUCAUAUUAUCCAAGCCACUAUUGUAAUUGGCUCUUCUAUGGGGGAAGAUGUUUUUAUACCCAGAAUACUCUUGAUACUGUCUGACACAAAAAUACCUUUCAUAUUCAAAAGGCUGUAGCUUCCAGAAAAUUCAAUUUUGUCAUACUCUCUCUUUUACUCUUUUACUUGUUUCAGUCAUUUGACUGCGGCCAUGCUGGAGCACCGCCUUUAGUCGAGGAAAUCGACCCCGGGACUUAUUCUUUGUAAGCCCAGUACUUAU